GUAUACCUCUUGAUCGGUAUUCGCGAUAGGUUAGGCAACAGACAAGUGAAAACGCGACCGACCGCUGAACGAACGUAUCCGUUCGUCGACUUCAUCGAGAUGUCAUCGAGACGGGACGAAAGAAAACACAAACACGCGUCGAAAAGACACGAAGAAAAUCCUGCUGUUCGUUGACAAUUAAUUGUAACAGAUUAUGGUAAAAGCCCAUGAGUCAUGGAGCACCAUGUCUCCAACAGGCGCACCGGCUUUACCACCUCGUAAACUAUCACAAACUAAUCGCCCUCAAUCUGUUGAAUCAAUUGCUACCAGACUGCAAAAUCCAUUGCAAGAACCUAGUUGCAUAGAAGAAGCAGAAUGGUAUUGGGGCGAUAUAACUAGAGAUGAUGUACAAGAAAAACUUACUGAUAUGCCUGAUGGUACGUUUCUGGUUCGAAAUGCAUCCAAUAAGGCUGGAGAGUAUACGUUGACAUUAAGAAAAGGAGGAACUAAUAAAUUAAUAAAAAUAUAUCACAAAAAUGAAAAAUUUGGUUUUUCAGAACCUUACAAUUUUUCUUCUGUUAUUGAUCUUGUGAACCAUUAUCGUAAAGUUUCUUUGUCACAAUAUAAUGCAACAUUAGAUGUAAAACUAUUGUACCCUGUGUCCAGAUUUCAACAAGACGAAGAGUUUGGUACUUGGAAAAGUUUAAAUGUAGAUGUUGUAUGGAUGCGUUUGAUUGAUCUACUUAAAGAUAUUUUGAAAAAAUCUAUUUCAUAUGAAGAAUUAUCUAAAGAAUUUCAGGCUGCAAUGGCCGAUAUAUCUGCAAUGCGUAUGGGACUGCAACAGUAUCAGGAGGUGAAUAGAAUGUUUGAAGAUCAGCUAAGAGUACAUGAUAAAUUUCUUAAAAAAGCCGAACGCCAUGAAGCUGAUAAUCUAGUUGAAAAUAUUGAAAUAGUAAAAAAACGGAUAAAGUUACUGCUAGAUGGCAAAGCGGCACUUGAAGACAAAUUAUACACACAAGUGGCUUACAGUCAAACAUUGGAGCGGGAAAUGUAUCAGUUAAAACAAGAAGGAUCAGUAGUCACACGUCAAAAAGAUAAAUCAGUUCGGUGGUUAUUGACUCAUGGUGUGGCUUUAGAUGCAAUUAAUCGAGUAUUAAAUGGCACUGAUUGGAACACAUGUAAGCCUGAAGACAUUCAACUGCCUCUAAACCUCUCUCAUUUAGAUGAGGGUACUUGGCUGCUACAAUCCUGUUCACGUGCAGAUGCUGAACGUCUGUUAAAUGGCAAGCGAAAUGGAACAUUUUUGAUACGACCUAGUCGUACAGGGCAAUCAGCAUUAUCUAUAGUUUGCAAUGGAGUUGUCAAUCAUUGUAUAGUGUAUAGAACUCCAAAAGGAUUUGGAUUUGCUGAACCUUACAAUAUAUAUUCUUCUCUAAAAGAUCUAGUCAUGCAUUAUUCUCAAACUUCCUUAGAAGAGCAUAAUGAUUCUCUGACUACUACGUUAGCUUACCCCGUGUUAGCUGCUAAUGACAAAAAAUAAAAUGAAUAGUAUAUUACCAGUAUCAACAGGCACAUAGUGUCAUGCAAUUUGGUGAUUCAAUUGUUGUGAUAAUAAUAACCUUUUAAAUGUUAAUUAUUUAUUAGUAUUAACGAGUUAUUUAAUAAGGAGCAAUAUUUUUCAUAUAAGUGUGCAUUUAUUAAGACAUAUUAUUGAUGAAAUUAUAUUUUAACUUGUUUAUAUUUAUUAUACCAAUACCAACUUGUUUUCUUUUGUGUCCAAAUUUUUAUGUAAA